AUGAAGAAGGCAAUUCAAAAGGCCUUAGAUAAUUUCAAAGGAAUAAAUAAUGAGUUAAUGGUUUCUUCAUCGAACAAAGACAAUGAAAUUUUGUCUAUCCUUGGCAUCUUAAAAGAAGCAAAAGCAGUCACUAUGAGGUCAUUAGAAUCUUUGUUGUUGUUUGUCUCACAGUCCAAGAAGAGCAGAUGGUCAAUAAUCUCUAAGCUGAUGCAGCCUGCAAGAGUGACUUGUGACUCUCAAGAAUCAGACACAAAUGAAUUUGUAAAGGUAGAUGCAGCUUUGCAAUCUCUCAUCAGUCACAAACCUUCAUCUGUUGAGAAUUUUCACAUACAUUUGGAAAAUUUGGAGAUUUGCAUUGAAGAUCUAGAAGUAGGUGUUGAACAUCUUUCAAGGAAACUCAUUAGAACAAGAGUUUCCCUUCUUAACAUCUUAAGCCACUAG